AUGAACGGAGGAUUGGAGGCAGAAGCUAGAUUUGCAUCGCGUUCUCCCUUUCAUCUAUUUGCUAGCAAGAGGAGAGGGAGUGGAGGUGUAAGUAAGGGUAUUAUGGUAAUUGACAGGGGAAAGACCAAGUGGGGUGUGGGUCCUAGGAAUUACGAUGAUGAUAUCUACAGGGCCGACGGAGAAGAAGAGGAGGUUCAAGCUGUCAAAUUUGCACCAUUGGGGAACUCAGAGGCUACCCACCACUCCUAG